AGCAGGGAGUGGAGGGCGCCGCGGUGAGGCGGCUGCUGUGUUGUUGAUAGACUGGGCGGGGCUGGGACGCAGGCGGGAUCCUUAGGGACGCGAGCCUGGGCGCCCUGAUGCCCAAACAGAGGCGGCCGCGGGCUCGGCUUGGCCACGACCUCUCGGCACCCUUGGGCCUGUGCACCCUGGCCGUCUGCCCCUGGUCCCCAGCCGGCCAUGCCCUCGCCCGCGCCUCCCACCGAGCUGCUGCCGUGGGAGCGCGCGGUGGUGCUGCUGUCGUGUGCGCUGUCAGCUCUGGGCUCGGGCCUCCUGGUGGCCACGCACGCCCUGUGGCCUGACCUGCGUAGCCGAGCGCGGCGCCUGCUACUCUUCCUGUCGCUAGCGGACCUGCUCUCGGCUGCCUCGUACUUCUACGGAGUGCUGCAGGACUUUGCGGGCACUUCGUGGGAUUGCGUCCUUCAGGGCGCGCUCUCUACUUUCGCCAACACCAGCUCCUUCUUCUGGACCGUGGCCAUCGCCCUCUACCUAUACCUCAGCAUCGUCCGAACUGCGCGCGGGCCCUGCACGGACCACCUAGUCUGGGCUUUUCACCUCGUCAGCUGGGGUGUCCCGUUGGCCAUCACAGUGGCAGCCGUCUCUCUAAAGAAGAUAGGCUACGAUGCCUCGGAUGUGUCCGUGGGCUGGUGCUGGAUCAACCUGGAGGCCGAGGACCGUGUCCUGUGGAUGCUACUGACCGGGAAGCUGUGGGAGAUGCUGGCUUAUGUCUUGCUACCUCUGCUGUACCUCUUGGUCAGGAAGCACAUCAACAGGGCGCACCAGGCGCUCUCGGAAUACCGGCCCAUCUGUGAGGGGCGCCAGCUGCAUCGAGGUUCCUCCACCUCCACGGCUGACAAGAAGCUGAUCCUCAUUCCACUCAUAUUCAUCUGCCUCCGGGUCUGGAGCACCGUGCGCUUCGUCCUGACCCUCUGUGGCUCCCCCGCUGUGCAGGCACCCGUGCUGGUUGCUCUGCAUGGCAUUGGAAACACCUUCCAGGGAGGGGCCAACUGCAUCAUGUUUGUCCUCUGUACCCGCGCGGUCCGUACAAGGCUCUUCUCUGUCUGCUGCUGCUGUCCUCGGCCCUCCACCCAGAGCCCUCCUGGGGCUCCUACGCCCCCCAAGAUGAGAGAAUCUCAGGAAUCCAGACGGACCCCAGAAGUGCCCAGCACUUGAGCUCAGUGUCCUCAGAGCCUUCCUGCUCCUGCUUCAGGAUUGGGGACCAAGCACACUGGAAGCCUCGCCUAGUGAAGCUCGGAGCCCAGUGGAGGGACAGCCGUCAGUGUGGUCUCUCCUACUCCCAGACUCACAGGCAGGCAGGGCGUCCCUUGCACACUCAUGUCCUGGUUCAGUGGGGUAUGUUUGUGCAAGCACAAGGACAGUGAGACUCAGCAAUGCAGGAUACAGCCAGGGCACUGGUUUUCAGUGUCCCUGGCCACCAGCGCUGUUUACAAUUGGAGGGAUCCAUACCUGUGGACCCAUCCCAGGCAAGGCUGAACAAUGAACACCAUCUUGGAUCCUAGACAUCACAGUAUGGAGUCCAGGUUUGCCAGGGUGUUGAGAAUCCCUAGAGACCCUGGGGUCAUUAGCAAUGCUGAUCGGCCGAGGGUGAUAUCCUUCAACUAGGUCCCAAGUCCACCAACGUCACGGGAGACUGCCAUCGUUGAUCAAAGCCACCCAGGCACACACUCAUGGGCACCUCACGGAGUCUCUGCGUGGGUCAUCGCCCCUCAAUGUUUAUUACAUCUGAAUUUCAG